UUGUACGCCAACAACAUGUUGGAGUUUCGAGCGCCUUUCUACGCACUCGAAACGGCACCGUCUCGUGCCAUUGACUAGUGCAUGCCGCAACCUCCGCCGGGCGGUCAGCAUCCGGGAGGAGGUGGUGGAGGAGACGAGGGAGACGGCGAAGGUGGCGGAGGAGACGACUCACAGUUUGCCGUAAAGGGGACGGGCAAGAUAUCGUCAGUUGAGAAGGCAUCCGGCGGAAAGGGGUCAGGCGGAAAGGGGUCGGGCGGGAAGGAGUCGGGCGGGAAGGGGUCAGGCGGAAAGCGUAGAAUGUCCGGGAGUCCCCCGUAUAUGGAAACAGACCCCUACUGCGUAGGGAGUCGAGAUUUCGACAUGCAAGACGAGGCCACCUUGACAUCUGAUCAAGUGCGAGUAGAUCCGCACUUGUCUGCGAGGAGUUUGUUUCCCGUUGCCCAGGAGAGUCCAUCCCGCCGUGCGCAGCAGAGGUCUCCUGUGCUCAACACCUUGCUCUUGAAAGAGGGCGCGUCUUCAUUUUGCCUGGCGGGCAGGAUGCCUGCAUUGCGAAGGAGCGAAGGUGCGACCUCCGGUUCCCUCGGCUCAGACAACCGCCACAAUCUCCGAAUACAUUCGGAUUUGCUGUCGUCGCCCUACGCCAUAAGUGCUCCUCACGCAACAGUUCCGUGGGGCCAAGAAAAUGUGACGUCCUGGCCCCCGCAUCUUCAGUUGGACACAGGGUUACCCUGCUCAUGUGUUGAGACUCGAGACUGGCGGUCUCGGGACGUGCUGGAGGGCCCCGCUCCAGAAGUGUUAGAGACCGGGGGUAGCGAGAACGGACGUCACACUCCUGGGGAAGACGAGCGCUCUCCGGGAACGCGCGCUGUACAUCGGGAAGAGGAGACUCAACGCUGGCAGUCUCGCAAAGUGUUGGAGACCGGGCGUAGCGAGUGUGAACGUCAUGCUUCGGAGGGUGCGUCCGUGGACACUGACAGCGAGAGUGCAGGAGCUUCGGGGGAAACUUAUGUUGUAAAGCGGGGAGAGGAGACUCGACACGGGCGGGCUCGUGAAGACGUGAAGUGGCUCCACGCACGAGCGCUGGUGAUCAGGAGGUCCGAAGAGGUUCUGCACAGUCGCUCGGUUGUGGCCACGAUGCGAGAGGGUAUCAUUAAGGGAGGCGGAGAACCCGUGGUGGAAGGCGGUGAGGUGACUUUCGAUAUCCAGACGGAUCCACAGCGGAAAGAUGGUGAUUCUUCGCCCACCCGUUGCGGUGAAGAACAGGGUGGUCGAGCAUCUGUCCUGAGCACCGCUCGGGGAAUGGUGCUUCAUGAAGCCACAAAGUUGCGUGACGACUCGGCAGCCACUGAGCUGGUUAGCAACUCAAGCGUGGCCGAGAUGCAGGAUGUUGAAUUCUCCGUGGAAGGCGGUGAGGUUGCCGUCAGCAUCACGAUGGAUCCAGAGCGGAAAGAUCAUGAUUCUCCGUCCACCCGUUGCGGUGCCGAACAGGGUGAUGGAGCAUCUGUCCUCAGUACCGGUCGGGAAAUGGUGCUUUAUGAAGCCAUCGACUUGCCAAGCGACUCAGCUGCCACCGAGCUGGUUAGCGACACAGCCAUGGCCGAGGUCCAGAACCUUAAAUCGUCCGUGGACGUUGGCGCAGUGGCGCGACAGGAGGGCGAGUUCCCUCAAAGGGCUCCCGAGCACAGUGUGAGGUUGUUAAUGUCCCUGCCCAUGAAGCCUUUAAAAGCCGUGCGCGAGAAAAGUCUUUCACGGAGGUCAUUGGCCGCUUCACCGAAGAAGUCGUAAAGUAUAGGGUUGUUUAAAAGGGUCCAGAUGUCUCGCCUUUCCCAGAGAGCUGUCAAGGUUUUAAAGGCUUGUGGAAUAGAUGAG